GGUUGAUGCGCGUCUGGUUGGGUCGUUUCCCUCUCUUCUGACCUUCUCUUUGUAGUGAAUGUGGAUGGCUGCUUUUCGCAUCUCGCUUAAGUCUCGCGGUUGCUUGCAUGCCUUCCUUAGGAGGGGACUGUAUUAUCUUAUACAACAUGGAAGUCUAUAAUAGGAACCAUGCCUCCUUUCCUGUGUUCGGGUUGAACAAUAAUAUUUGUCUUUUAUUCCUGGCAUCAAUCAAAACAUUCCUUUUUUUUGGAUUGGCAUCGAUAAACAUAUAUCGAGUUCACUUUCCCUUUUCCUUCGCCGUUUCUUUCCUAUUUCCUUAUUUGGUCCUGUCCAGUCUUGUCGUCUCCUUUUCCUUUGACCGGCAUUUCAAUUUUCUGUCUAAGCACGAAGUUACGAAAGACAACAAAACAAAAACUCAAGAAAAGCGAAAGGACAUUGCAUCGAAAGCACACGAAAGAAAACGAGGACGCCGCAAAGCACACGACAUUCCAAGAUGUACUCUUCGAUAAUACUCGCCACGGCGUUCAUCGCCUCGGCCUUUGCUGCCCCGGCCAACCCCAACUUGAACCUCGCAUCCGCACACCCGGGCUCGCACUCAGCCGUAUCUGACUACUUCAACAUGCUGGCAAAGAAGGUUCAGGAGGCUAAGCAGCUGCCACAAGGUGGGCCAGUAUGUGAUCUUUCCUCGGUGCAACUGCCCACGGUUCCCGGUUCGAAAGAGCCAAUGCCCCUUCCCGGAGCUGGUUACAAGCUCAAGCACGUCGCCCUCGGUCGUGGCACGCAGAACUACACCUGCUCGCCCAACAACGCCACCGCCAUCCCCGCCGCGGCUGGUGCCGUGGCCACCCUGUUUGACGCUUCUUGUAUCGCCUCGGCCUACCCGGCCCUCCUGAUGGAGCUGUCGCGUGUGACCGUCAACUUCAACCUGACCGACCUCAACACGCUCGCGCCCUCAAACUUGCUCAUGUCUGGCCACCACUACUUUGCGCCCAACAUUACCGUGCCCUACUUCGACCUUGGCCCCCUGGGCAGCUGCAUGGCGGCUAAGAACGCAUCCGAGCCCGCCCCUGCCGACGCUGGAAAGGGCCAGGGUGGCGAGCCCGCCGUGCCGUGGCUUAAGCUUACCACGAGGGAGGGUGCCACGGGCGACCUGCAGGAGGUCUACAGAGUUGGCACCGCUGGCGGCAGCGCGCCAGCCACGUGCAAGGACAUGCCUGCUACCUUUGAGGUGCAAUACACUGCGCAAUACUGGUUCUACGCCGGCAAGAAGCCCACACAAGAAUGAGACAUGGUUGUUUAAAAUCUUGUUUGACCGUUCCGGAGCUUCCACUUGCACGAGAUACCUAGUUUGAUGUUCUGUUUUCGAUUUUUAUUUCGUCUCCCUGUUGAUAAGGCGUUGGGGUGGCGCUGUUUUUCCUUGUCAUGUCUUCUCUGACCAUGUCGGAGUAUUUUUCCUUUUAUCUCACUCGAGAUUUACUUUCUCGCUGGCUUACACUUGAAGGAUUCCCCACCGCUACUUUAGCCUAGCUGGGCGGCUUAGCUUCAUGAGAAUAUUUAAUGCGUUAGUUUCUGAACUACGUUCGUGG